AGCUCCGCCUACACUGUGCGUCAUGACGUUUUUGUUCUUGCACGUAAAUGCGUUUGGAUAUCCGCCCUGCGCCAUUUCAGAUUAGAUCGGAUUCGGGAAUCAAGGAGAUCCUCGGUUUAUAAUCACGCGAUUUUUAAGAUCAAGCCAUGCAUCGAGAUUGUCCUCUGGACUGUAAGGUGUACGUGGGUAAUCUGGGAAACAAUGGUAAUAAAUCCGAGCUGGAACGAUCUUUCGGUUACUACGGACCCCUGAGGAGCGUCUGGGUGGCCCGAAAUCCUCCUGGUUUUGCCUUUGUGGAGUUCGAGGACCCUCGUGAUGCCACAGAUGCUGUCAGAGAGCUGGAUGGACGGACUCUUUGCGGUUGUCGGGUGAGGGUGGAGUUGUCCAACGGCGAGAAGCGAACUCGUAGCCGGGGUCCGCCUCCAUCGUGGAACCGACGUCCACGCGACGACUAUCGUAGACGCAGCCCGCCAGCCAGACGCAGAUCUCCAAGGAGGAGGAGCUUCAGUCGUAGUCGUAGCAGGUCUCUAUCCAGAGAGCGCAGAAAGGAAAGAUCUCUGUCCCGCGAAAGGAACCAUAAGCCCUCAAGAUCUUUUUCUCGAUCAAGGAGUCGUUCCAGAUCUAAUGACAGGAAAUGAACCUCACGAUAAGAAAAACCUCGACACAGAUCAGACGUCUUUCAGCUUUGACGAAAAGACUUUAUUGCCCACAAAUCGUUUGAGUCUCCCGUGUGUAUUUUAUUUUUUAUUGUGCAUUGGUUAUUUUAGCGGUUCAUUUGUUUUCUGUGACUGUGUUUGCGUGUUAGUGACAUCAUUCCAUCUUACACACUUUUAAGGAUCUUUUUAUUUUGGUGUAAGCGGGGAUCUGAAUGUGAUUGGACGCUGCUGCUGGUAUCUUUAGGUUUUAUUUGUUUUUGUAUGAUGAGAGCAGCAGUAGAUGGGUUUGAGGUGUAAUGGCACUAUGACAACAGCGGGGGGAGGAACAAAGAACAGCUUUCAUAUAUUUUUUCCUUCUAGUGUUUGUAACGUUUAUAAUGUUGAUCUCAAUUAAAUCUCUACAAAAUGCA